CUGUCGGCGCCGCGCGGAGAAGGAAGCGUCGUUGCCGCCGCCGCCGCCGCCGGACCCGAGGACCCGAGGACCCCCGCCCCCGCCCGCCGCGUCGCCAUGGCCUGCCGGCCGCGAAGCCCCUCCGGGUGCGGGAGCCGCCGCGACGGCGACGCCAGCCCGCCGCCCCCCGCGAGAUGGAGUCUGGGACGCAAGCGCACGGCCGACGGGAGGCGCCGGAAGCCGGAGGACGCCGAGGACCCCGCGAGGCCGGCGGGCGGCCGCAGACCCGACAGCUUCACCACCCCCGAAGGCCCUCAGCCCCGUUCUCGAUGCUCCGACUGGGCGAGCGCCGUGGAGGAGGAUGAGAUGAGGACUCGCGUGAGCCAGGAAAUCGCGAGGUAUAAGAGGAAACUCCUCAUCAAUGACUUUGGAAGAGAGAGAAAAUCCUCAUCAGGAAGUUCCGACUCGAAGGAGUCUCUGUCUGCGCUGCCAGCUGACCUGGAGACUGACGAGAGCGUCCUGAUGCGGAGACAGAAGCAGAUCAACUACGGGAAGAACACCAUCGCCUACGACCGCUAUAUCAAGGAAGUCCCAAGGCACCUCCGACAACCUGGCGUUCAUCCCAGGACUCCCAACAAGUUCAAGAAGUACAGUCGACGAUCGUGGGACCAGCAGAUCAAACUGUGGAAGGUGGCUCUGCAUUUUUGGGACCCUCCAGCUGCCGAAGGGUGUGACUUGGAAGAAAUACAUCCCGUGGACCUCGGGGAGAUGGAGACGGACUCGGCGGGAAGCAGCUCCGAAUCCCAGGCGAGCUCGCAGGAUAACCUGGACGUGUACUGUGGCACACCCACCAAGGUCAGACACGUGGACUGCCCGCUGGAGGAUGAGUUCGACUUGGAAGCGUGUUUAACGGAGCCCCUGAAAGACUUCUCGGCCAUGAGCUAACCGGUGCCCCCUGGAAGCCCCUGGGAGCCAGGCUGCCCCCGCUCCCUGCCCAGGAGGAGGCCGGCGAGGCGCCCUGCAUCUGGAACCCGUUGUUUCCUGUUAAUAUUAUUGUCUCACGUGGAUUGCUGUUCUUGCUUUAUUUCCUUGAGAAAAUUAAUUUUACGUAUAGGGAGUGUAUUUUGCAUGUUUUAAAUUGAAGAUGGAACUGAAUUCAAGGAACAUUAAACUUGAGGCCGUCUUGUAACAGCUGUAAUGGCUCAGUCUCCUCCAUCCUUCGGCUGAACCGACAGGCAUCCCUCACCUGGUUUUCCGCAAGUGUCUCAGGUAUUAAGUUGCUCUUCGUCAGAGGGCUGGUUUGGGUUUAACAUGUGUUCUGGGGACCGAUCUAGCUUCAGCUUUCCUUUCGGGUGUCUGAGGGUCAUAAUCAGAUCCCUUUAAGGUCUUCACAGAAACUUCAUUUCUGGCUGUUUGUCAGUGUGUCAGGGUUGGUUUUUUCCUCACACAGAGCACCGAGUAGUCAGGUAUGACCUUGAGCUGGUACGUUAAUGGGUUUUGUGUAGGUUGUACAGUCUUCAUCUGCUACUUGUAAAUAGUGCUGGGUAGGCCUUCUACCUGUAAUACUCCAAGAGGUCAGGCAGCAGAGGGGUUUAGAAAGAGCUUUUUUUUUUUUAACAAUCAGUUAAUUUACAUGUAAAAUUGCUGUAAAUGAUAAUGUGUACAGAUUUUCUGUUCUGAUACUCAAUUGUAAACUUCUUGUUAAGACUGUUAUGUUUCUGUUGCUUUUGUACGGAAUGACAUUGCGAAAAUAAAAAGGACCUUUAACUGA